UUUUGCAGUUUGUCUGGGUAGUAAACACAUGUGUGCAUGCACACUCACUUGUUCACUUGGCCAGUGCUAAGUAUCACUCAGCUGGGGUUGGUGGUGCCUGUAACGGAAAAGAGUAUUCAACUUUCCUUUCCACUUGCCCCACCCUUGCAGGAGACUCUUGUGGGUUUUUUUUUUUUUUUGAGAUUCUGCCAGUGUCUUUCAUGAGUGCAUAAACUACGGAGCUGCCUGCUUUUAAUGAUCUGUUCUUGAUUUUAGCAGCUGUUGGUUCCUGUUACACCUCUUAGCCUAAAUGGCAAGAGGCUAAUGCUGACUAAACCUAGUGUAUGAAAGGGUAGUCCUGUUCAAUUUCCUUCCCUCCAUCCCUUCCUUUUCCUCCCUGUGUGAAGGAACAGUAUAAGGAUCCUCCAUGAAUCCGCCAUCUUCCAGAUCCCUGACUGGGAGAGAAUCUUUUGAAACAAGUUCAGCCUGUAUUAUUGUUCAGCACAAUUCCUUCUGCAUUUGCAGAGGUAGACACAGCUUAGUAACAGCAACUGAUAAUCAUGUCCUCAAAACAAGCUACUUGGAUAGCAGCUUGCAGUUCUACAGUACACUCCAAAGCUACCCUCAUCUUUAGUAGGGAGCGAAGGCCCAUGGCCCCUACAGUCCUGGUGUUUGGUUCUACCUAGGUCCAAAUAGCUGGACUACUGAGAUUGGGCACUGCAUACUGGCCUCACCUGUAUAUUAAAACAGUGGCUACAAUGUCCAUAUAGGAUUCCUGGCAAACUACCAGUGAAGCCUGAAUUGGGCAACGCAUGGAUGUCUUCUGCCUCAGAUGUUUUGAGCAAUGCGGCACACUACAGCUUUUUUUUUUUCCUGUAUCAGAUGUAAUCUACAACAUAUAAACACUAGAAAUGCUGGAACCAUGAAACAAUCUGUUAACUAGGCUCUGGAUUUGUUGAUUAGAUGUUUAAAUAAAGCUAUAUUUAACCUAGGAACUCUGUUUAUAGAAACACUUUUACGAAAGGUGUACAUUCUGCCUUCCUUACUUUGGUUUAUCAUGAAAAAAAAUCAAACAACCCAAAAGAAUAACAUGGUCAGCCCUUGCUUGGACAGUUUCCUGGCUUCUACUUUGUCCAGAGAGAAGGUGCUACAAAAAAAAAAAAAUCUCCUCUUCUGGAUGAUAGACUUUCACUUCUAAUACAUUAGUUUAUGCUGAAGUCAUGCCAGGAGUGGGGAUGGUGCUGAAAGGGUGAGGAAAGGCUUUACUUGCACCAAAAUACACUGCUUCAGAGCAAACUGGGGCCUGGAAGUACUGGUGCUGGUACUUCUUGGGCAGGUACUUACCCUAGUCAUGCUAAUGUUUUGGAUUAAGGAGGAGUGCAGAAAACCUGCUGCAAUGAAUUUAAGUCCAUUUGCUUAGACUGAGCUGCCACAGACAGAGCUACAGAAUGACUUUGACUUACCUCCUUAUAGACAAGGACCUCUUGGAUGGGGAGAAAAGUUUCUUCCCCACUUUGUGCCAAAUGAAGUGAUGGAAUGUAGUGUUUGCAAAGCUUUAUUGAGCACUAAGUCAGUUCUGGGACUCUGAUUAGGACCCCAUCUCUGCUAAAGCAGUUGGGGAAUAUGGUUGUAGGACAACCUAAAAGCUGUAGCAUGGACAGGACUAAAUUAGGCAUUAGAUCUUGCAGUUUUAAGCUUGCAUUAGAACAGGGGUGGGUUUCUUUGCUCCCCUUAACUCUUGUAUCUGGGCUCUAAUUCUUUUGGCUGUAUGUUCAGUGGCCUCUUAGUUGUAUAGAACAGCAUUUUGUAUAACUAGGCCUGAGGUAUCUGUAGAAGCACUCAGUAUGACCUACAGAAAGUAUGCUUCAAGAUUGGUAGAAAUCUGCAAGUCUCUUGCUGUACAGCAUAGUGUUUAAUUCAUCCUGCUAGAAAUGGAACAGUCUAGUUUAAAGCAAAAAACAGACCCUUAUUUACUAACUGCUCAAUGAGAAAAAAAUAUUUGCCCUACAUUGUAUCCAGCGCUAUCAAGCAACUGUAAGACAGGUCAGUAUUGAUUAUGCAUGGAAACACUAGCUUUUAGCUGCUGCUUGAAUAUUCAAGCCCAGUAUUUCAAUCAGGGCUGCUACAGAUACAAGCUUAGAUAGCUCUCCCAUAUGGCAAAAUCAGAAUGAAUAGAGGUUUUGAAAACUUGUUUUACUGGAAACCAAGGCUGUAUUUAAAUACAAAAUACCUUGCAAGAAAGCUCCAUGUAUUAUGUACACUAAAUGUGAAUUAAUGAAUUGGCUGAGAUGUAGUUUUUCUCUUCCCUCCAGCAGAAAUGGUAUCAAAAGAUCAGGUCACACUAAGUGAGGUGACGAAGGCUUCAGAAAAUAUCAAGCAUAGGGUCAAAACUAAGAGGUGCUGAGCACUCACAGCUGCUCAAUCCUUCUCUAGAACUUGACCUGUAUGUAGCAGGGUGAGUCGAUCCUUCCCUGUUUUCUCUUGGCCACUCGACCCUCGAGUGGUACAGCUCCUUUGCGCAGCUCCUUUCCUAUUCAUAACCUACUCGGUCACAGCUUAUCUUUUCCAGGGGCUGUCAAGUUGAAGCUAAGCUUGGCUGACACUGGCCAGUACACUCUGAGGAAAACUGUUCAGGGUAAACGGACCGUCAUCAAGGGCCUCAUCAGUGUUUUGUCUCCUCUUCCUGGCAGUGGCAGUAACAGCCAGGAUGAUGUGUGUUAGCUGCUUAAACCAUAGAGCAACUUUAUCUCAAGCCAAAUUUCUCCUAACCACGCAACUGUGUCAACUGCAUGCCACGGUAGAUCUCGGGCAGAGCCGUGCCAUGUUAGGAGCCAAAGUGCUAAGCUUUUUAGUGAACAGAAUUCUAGUUUUCAUGGUAGGUGGCCACAGUAUUUAAGUUGCAAUUAAUUCAUUUGAAUCAACUUCCGUAAUGGGAAUUGAAUCUGUUAAGUGUGUUGAAUCUCACUGUACUUUUGAAACUAUGCACUGGAAUGUUGUUAGAUUUUUUUUUUUUUUUUUCCUUCUGCUAAUUACCGGUUGGUUUAUAGUUAACUCAGCAGCUGGAACUAAUUUACUAUGCCAGUCUAAACUGUUACGCAGCUGUUGCAAGUAUUCAUUAUGUGUUUCUAUUUUGUAUUAAUUUUGUCACUCCCCUAAAACAUCCUACCUCAGUACCUUUUUCUCUCAUCACCUGUCCUGUGCUCCAUUUAACUCACUUUCCAUUCAACUUUAAUUAAACCAAACUCUCAGUGUUUAUCAGCAUGGAUAAUAUUAUAAAGUAACUUUUUUGUUUCUGAACCACAUUACGGUCCUCUGUUUUUGUUCAAACAGAAAAGAAUAGGGAAUCUGAAAGCAGCAACAUGUCCUACAUGUUUUGCAUUGGAUGAGGUAUGUGAAAAACAGGCUCACGUUUUACUGGAUUCGGUGAGAUUUGAGGUAUUUAUAAAAGGGAAGAGAUUUUGCAUCUUUUUAUUCAUUUCCUUUCAGUGAAUAAAUCUUUCAAAAUUUCCAUUAUGUCUUUGAUUCCCAAACUCUUCUGAAUCUCUGCAGAGUAAGGAUGGGUCGUUCUUGUGCAGGAGAUGGAGUGCUUGCUUUACAGAUGCAUUAAAGUGAUUUCUCCACUGAAGAGUUUACAGGCCAUGUUAAUUGCACUAAAAAGAGUAAAGCCAGCUAUUCUUCUGAUUUUUUUUUUUUUCACCCUAUUUUCAGUCAAUGAAAGAACUGUCAAAUGCUGGCGUACUGUUCUCUUCAGCAAAGAACAACAUGUUGUACCUUAAAUUGUAGCAUCAUCUAGUUUGGGAUGCUAGUGCUUGAAGAGUGGUUGAAGAGAUGUUACUAUUGCUCAUAAUUAUCAUUUCCAUUUUGAAGCCUUAAAACAUUUCUAAAUUUGAAUUUGACAUUUGAGGUAUUUGGUUAUAUAGUGGACUCUACAGACUUUGCAUUUAGGAUUUCUAGAAAUGCACUUUUCCCUUUCACCCCUAUGUUUUCAGAAACCUGUAUGAACUGGGUAGCUGUGUUAAUCUCCCUUGUUUAGAGGAAACUUGUGGGGUUUGUGAAGAGAAGUCUCACAGGCCUGAGACUGGGCAGUCAUCUUGUACCACUGCCAUGCAUCUCUUUCCUCAAGACAUUACUCGCGGUGUAAACACUAUUCACUCCCUACUGCAUUGACAGGAUUGUGGCUUGGUGCGUGCGUGUGUUACUCACACCUUAAUGUAACAUUUCAGAAUCAUGAAAUUAAACUCUAAAUGUUGGAUUAUGUUUGGGCAAGUGACCAACAGCACCUCAAAUACUGAAGGCUGCUAUGUUUUCUUUGAAAGACUUGUAAGACUGGACAUCUUAAUAGAAUAAAAGUUUUAAUUUCUACUUUCCUUUCUAUGUUUUUUGCUUAAAGUACAUUGGUUGGUUAACAAGGCAUUUUAAUAUUCAAGACCACUCCCCAGAAGGAAAUACUGAUGACUUCUGUAGUUGUGUAGGAUUAUGGGUCACAAAUCUUCCCUCAAUGCAUAGCCUUCACGGAUUGGGAGGAAAUGUGAAGUUUAACAAGUAGGUAUAUUUGCACAGAGAAAAAGUUUCCAACCUCAUGUUGACGAUCUGUCUAAUGGCCAUGGUGAGCUGGUUACACAGCCUUUUACAUAACUUUGAUUUUUUUUAUCCUAAAAGCUGAAAUAAUUAAUUUUUGAAUAAUUGAUUUUUAUAGUGAAUAUAGAAAUGUUAAGUGGCAUUAAGAACACCAACUUGGACUUUUAGGAUGGGAUUUCUGAAACCACUCUGAUCUCUCUUCCCCACUGACUUCAGUCCCUUUCCCUUUCAUAGGGAAGGACAGUUAAAACAAGUGCCAGUUGUCAUUAAAAUACUACCAACUAGUUAGUUGCUUUAGUAUGCAUCAUACCAUAUAUCUGACUGCCUAAACUUUGUGCUUUGUUGUCUUACACUAUCCUCUCUGGCUUCAGAAGCCAGUAUAUGCUACACUUCUUGCAAAAUGUAUACAUACCAAGAAGAUAAAUGAGAGCUAAACUAACAAUUCAGCCAGUAUCUUUCAAAGACGGUUCAAUUCACUCCACACAGUCUCCUGUGCAUAUAAUACAUCUUCCAGUAUUUUGCCCUGUUUCCUUUGCACAACAGCUUUCCUUUCUUGACAAGACUGUUCUUACCCCCUACCAGCAGGCUGGCCCAGUUUUGUGAUGGUGGAUGUGCAGAGUUUGUGCAAUUACACUGGGAUGAAAGGUAACACAGGAAAAAAAUCUAUUUAUUAUUCAUUUGUGGUGUUGUGUUUUACCCAAAUGCUUAGAAGCAUAAUUGAGUGGAGAAAGUGGGAAGACAAAAACUCCUGUCUUUGUUGUAAAGCUCCUAUUGGGCUUGCGUUCUUCUGGCAGCCAUUAUCUCUUUAUCCACAACUCUGUGACUGAAUAAAAAUGGGAAAGAAUAAAACAUCCCACGUUAAAAAACAACUUCUACCAGCAGAAAUCCUGGAGGCCUGCAAUGCAGUGAUAUGGUAAAGAACCUUAGAGGAAUCUGAAGCUGUCUACUGCAGAAUAAAAUGUGUGUGUGGGGGGGGGGGGAGUCUUGUUUUUGUUUUUGUUUUGUUUUUUAUACAGCAAAAUACAUUUCUAGCAGGAUUUUAGAUCGGGAUACUAAGCACAGACUGAUUUGACUUUGGAAACAGCUUGAAGGAAACCCUGUAUACCCACCUGGUGCUUACCUUACAUAAACUGAAGUGAAAACUAUGUGCAUGUUGGCUGUGCUAGGAUUUUACAUUUAGAAGGCUAUUUCAGUGGAGAAACAUGCUACCUUUUGCAGAAGAUACGGUCUGAGAGGAAGAGCUGCUGCAAGCCGUAAAUAUAAUCAAAUUAAUAUCUUUUAAAAAAAGAAACUAAGUCCUUUGUAACAUUUUACAUUUUCUAGCCUUUGUUAAUACCACCAAACUCAUUGUUCGGCACACCACUGUCGUCUUUCCCCGCUACUACUUUAGGGGCACAGCUGGCUCCUAUGGUGCUAGCGCCUAGAGUUGAUUUUUGACUGUCCCUGGCUGAAAUAUUCACUUACCCAAGACUCUUGGCAGCCCAAGCAGCCAGCAUUGAACAGAUUAGCUAGCUCCCCCCCUCAGCACGUUUAAUCGGCUUUCCUGCAACCAGAAUCAGUGGGAAUUAUUAAUGUAACAUUGGUGAGGAAAUGAGGAUAAUCUUUUGAGUCAAAAAGGUAUUUGAAAGGUUCUUUCCUGACUUGACUGAUCCUGCACCAUGUUCUGAAGUCAGCUGGCCUCUCCCAUAUCUUAAAAGGAUCUCAUGCAUAUACACAGGGGUGAUAUGAGCAUUACUUAAUUAAAAGUAUUUUAGCAGCAUCAGAUGGAAGAUGCUCAUAUGAGUGCCAAGACAUUUCAUGGGUGGCAGUUGGGAGAGAAAAUAGUGCAGGUUUCUUCAGCUGGAUUUGUGGGACCAGACUACUGCUUGUUGGUAGAGUACUACCAGGGUAGCAUAGCGGUUCUCAACCUUUUUAGACUUGAGGCACCCCUCAGAAAAUGGCAGCUCUUUAGUUGUCACUCAUUUUUUAUUAUGGAAAAAUAAUAGAGCAAUUAAUCUCCUGGAAAGAACUUGGAUCACAACAGGUCAGAGUGUUUUCAACAUUGAAUUCAUAUUUGAUCUCUCUAGCUGUGUCCAGAUGAGCAUGGGUGUUUGGUUCCCAGGGAGCAAAAAGCAGCAGCUGCUGCUACUUGUCCCUGGGGAAUGCCAGUGCCAUGGGCCAUGCCCUCUGGUGAAUAGCACGUUACCCUGGGUAGGGUAGGGUAGGUUCAGGCCACCAACUGCUGAUCCCAGUCACCUUACCUGGUGUCCUGGGGAAGCUGCAGCUGUGGCACUCCUGCAGCCUGGAACCUGGCUGGCAGCUGGAGCAUGGCUCUGGCGAACCAGGCACUGGUUUUGGGCAGUGUGCGCUGUAUCUGUGUGCUGCCCUGCUUUUUUUCUGCGUGGAUGUCUUUUGACCCGAAGAUCUCCAGGGGUCAACCCCUCACCUUGCAAGGUAGCAAGGAAACGUGCAGGAAACACCUGAAUGUGUGGUAUGUGGCACCGCACACAGGCUUGCAGUGCCACAUACUGCAUGGCUGCGCUUGUCUGGACACAGCCUCUGGGUUUGCUUUGUGAAUCAUGUUUGCACAUCUAUCAGUGCUAACAUUGUGUGGCAUCCCAAAGCACCCCUGAAAAGACCUCGUGGCACCCAGACUGAGAAUCACUGAGGUAGCAAAUGGUGGUAGCUGCUCACAUGCAUCCAGUGGUAGGGCUGGGGCCUUAAUGAGGCCAACUGGUGCUGGCCAGCUGCUGCUUCAUGGGUUAAAUUUCUGAGAGGGGAAAUGUUCUACUAAGAUAAAACAGUUCCUUUAAUCACAGUAAAUUCUCACUUAUGGCAUACUGUCUGGGCUAGGUCUGCUUCUAGUAACUUUUAAACAUGAGGCUCCCUGUGAAAUUUAUGGAACCCAGACUGUUUUUUUUCCCCUAAACUAAUUCUCCCCCUAGCGUUCCCGUCAGCUAAACGCAACUUUCCGCUCUUGUAUCUCCUAGAAUAAUUAAAGGGACACUGACAAUUUGAGGGGGAAACAAUCCAUUGCUGCUUGAACAUAAUGUUGACCUUCCAAGGCUACAGUUAAAACCCAAGCUUGCUCUAGUUGAGAGGGAUGGACAAAGAUGUACUUCACUAUGUUUCUUUAGCUCGCUUACGAUAUUUUAUGCAGGAGUUGGGGGCAGUUUCACCUUUGCUCAAACCCUAUUUUAACAUCAAGUGGAACAGGGGAAAACAAUGCUGUUUGACAGUGAAUCUUGCAGUAUUUGAAGAUGUGCUUUUUGAAAACCUGUGUUGCAAGUGUCAACGAUUACACAGGAACCCAAGUUUAAUUUUUAAUAACCAGCAAAUUCCUGGUCUUCAUGGGUGUGGCAAAACUUGAAAACAAUCUUAAACGUUUUAAAAAGAGAGAUGAGAAAUUAGAAGUAAUAAAUUGAGUGGAAUUUUUUUAAGUCUCCUGAUUUUUAUUUUUUGAAUGCCUAUGAUGUUGGCACUUCUAAGGACUUCUCUCUCUCUCAACCUAUUUUAUAAAGAGGACUGUAGCCAAAGCUGCUUUCUUUAAAAAUUAUUUUGAGAGAGAAGAUUUUACAGUGCACCUUUGCAAGGCAUGCAACAACAGGCAAGUAUCAUAUAUUAAGACUCGUCUUCAUAUAUGCAUUUCAUACCCUUAAUUUCUUAGCUCUUAUGGGUAUUUUCUGGAAUAUUUUCCUCCAUAAGCCCAACCUUCCUUCCCUGUCUUCUGUCCUUGAUCAUGUGCUGCUGUGAAAGGCUCACAUAGGUGAAAAGUUGCAGGUUCCUUUGGUGAAACUCUUCCAUGUUUUCUACAGGAUCCCAAUGCAUUUGAAUAAAUAGCUUAAAAUCUUCUCUUUUGACACCCAUUGCAUGCUGAAGAGUACCCACAGGAGGUCAAGCAUUUAUUGUUUAUUUGUUUGGUUUCUUUAGUUUAGAUACUUAAGUUUCUCUGGUUCCUCAUUUCCAGUAUGAAUUGGAGUCCCCGUGUCCUGUUCACGUGCCCACUUGGUACGAAAGGGCUGUGUGGGUGUUGUGCAACUGAAACUAAGCCAGCCAAAGAGCAAUAGAAAUAAAUAAAUAAAAACACCAGAAUUGCUUCAUAAGAAAUGUGCUGAAGCUUCAGGAACCUUUCCUCACUGCUAACAUCCUCAGUUUAAGCAUUGCUCUGGCCCGUGCUAUUAAACUUCAUUGAGUUGCACUCAGUCCCAUGUGGACUGCAUUGGCAAUGAGCAAAGAACACUGCAGGGUGCUUGGAUUCCCACAUAUGCUACCUCUCUUAGUGGACUUUAGAUCUCUUCAUCCCACUGCUGUCCUUUGCACUUACAACUUUUUCUGCAUUUGUCACCUUUCCACUGCUGGAGUCCUUAAUUCAACUCACUGACUUUCUUGGAGGUGAAGGCUGAGCUGAGUUUCUGAUUAAAUUACACAAUCUUUCCACUUAAAAGUUCCUUUGCUUGGGUUUUUAUGUGCGUGCCUUAUUUCUAAAUUGCAUAAAAUAGAGAGUCAAACCCAAAACUCCCUCAAAAGGGACCCCUGAUUGCAUAAUCUGAAUUCUCUGUGUUCUGUCCCCUAUCACAUGGUGCUGGAAAGGUCACAUGGAGAGUUAGCUGUACAGAGAGGAGCUGCCAUACUGUUCCUGUAAACUGAAUGUGUGCUUCUGAUGGCAUUUGUAACGGAGCAACAGAUCCGAAAGUUCCAUGAAGAUGGCUUCCUUGUCCUGGAAGAGUUUUUCACCACAGAAGAAUGUGAUGCUAUGAGGAAGCAGAUCCACAAGAUCAUAGCUGAUAUGGAAGUACCAUCCCACUGUCGCACAGAGUUCUCCACAAAAGAGGAGGAGCAGCUCCAGGCUCAGGGCAGCACGGAUUAUUUUCUAACCAGUGGAGACAAGAUCCGAUUCUUCUUUGAGAAAGGAGUUUUUGAUAAGAAAGGUGAAUUUCUUGUUCCAAAGGAGAAAUCUGUAAACAAGGUUGGCCAUGCUUUACAUGCAUAUGACCCCAUCUUCAAGCAAAUGACUCAUUCCUCCAAAGUGCAGGAGUUAGGAAGAAAGCUGAGCCUUGAGAAACCAGUGGUUGUACAGAGCAUGUACAUCUUCAAGCAACCGGGCAUUGGUGGGGAAGUGACACCACACCAGGAUGCCACAUUCCUGUACACAGAACCCCUGGGCAGGGUGCUGGGCCUCUGGAUUGCUUUGGAGGAUGCCACACAAGAGAAUGGCUGCUUAUGGUUCAUCCCUGGUUCUCACACCGGUGGUGUCACACGGCGAAUGGUACGAGCCCCACCAGGCUCUACACCAUGUGUACAGUUCCUCGGUUCUGAGCAGCCUUAUGAAGACAGCCAGUUUAUUCCUGUGCCCAUCGGCAAAGGUGGACUGAUUCUUAUCCAUGGAGAAGUUGUCCAUAGGAGUGAGCUGAACAGCUCCAAUUCAUCCCGCCAUGUAUACACCUUUCAUCUGAUGGAGGCCAAGGACACCAUCUGGAGUAGAGAGAACUGGCUCCAGCCAACUCCUGAGCUACCUUUUCCAUCUCUUUACCUCUGAAGCUAAGGAGUAUUGUUUUCCUGACUAUGCCUUGACACUGCAAACAAAAGCAUGCUGUGUUGAUAUCUACAGCUGGGAAACCUUAGAUCUGUGUCACACAGGAGUCAAAUAGUUAAUUGGAAAUAGUCCUAUUUCUCUUAGAUUACCUGUGCCUGUUCUCUUCAAUUUUCCUUUGAGAAAUGAGACAAUGUUUGUUUGCCUCCUGUCCAGGAACGAGUUCAGCCUUUAUGCACUUCAGGAGGAUUUUCACCCAGGGCUGACUAAUGCUGAUAUUAUUCAGCACAUGCUCUGUUAUAGUGGGCACAUCUACACAUGCAGUAAUGUGCCAUAAUCGGCACAACUAUGCAGUAGCUCCAGCACACAUCUUUCAGAUGAUGCUAAUGCACAGUAGAUUAAUUCUACUGUCCAUUGGCACAGCUUUCACUGUGAUGUGCUAACGUGCAGUAGAAUUAGUCUACUGUACUUCUAGUGUCUCAUGUAGACAUGUCCCUGCUAACUCUAAGAACAGUCAUUUAAGCCCUUGUUGAUGGGGAAUAUCUCCCUGGUCAUGCGAACAGAUCAUUGCAAGACUACUUUACUUCAACUGAGACCUGCUGAGAGGCACUUUUUUUUAGGAGACAUAAAGUCUCACCAUUUUCCUUUUGUACAAGCCAAGCCAAGAGAAUUUCAGUUUUACUUAGGCCACCUUCAUCAUGUUAUUCACAGCCAUCUGGUAUAACAGGAAUAGAAAUUAUAGGAUAUGGUUGUCUCCUAAAGAGAAAAAGCGUGGCUUACUUCAACACUAAUAUUUAAAAAAAUCUUAUGGUGACAUGAGCAAGAGGGGAGCCUACAGGCCUUAUUUUCUUUUCAAAUCCUUAGUUUAAGUUGACCAAAAAGGUAAGAUUUAAUUUUUUCCUUCAGCAUGUACAUUUCCAAGAACAGAGCAAUGUUGGGUGAGACAGGAAUGUUGAAAUCAAGUGUGGAUUAUCCAGGAAGAUUACCUUUUUUUCCCCCCAAACAAUACAAAACUUGUGACUAAGCAUAAUAUAACCACAAGUUCUCCACCCUGUUUUCUCUGAAAAGGACAGUAUACCAAACCACCUCAGCUUUUUAAUUCAAAACAUAUAAUGGCAGAGUUCCACAACAGUUAUGCUAUUAAAAUUUUAAUGGGCAGGAUAAAUACUAGCAAAGAGCUUAUUGCAACAAUUAUUGAACUUUCUAGGAUACAUCAGUAAAGCAGUUUUUGUAACUGAAUAUUCUAAAUAAGCCCAUUUAAAACAAUGGGACAGAGAAUGUUUAUGCUUAACCCUUCAUUAGAACUACCACUGAUCAGCUAAACUGCAAUUUCUUUCAAUAAAUCUGAUUACCAAAUAAAGAGAGACAACACUUUUAAUAGAUUUAAGAAUAUAUUUUUCUUGUAACAAAUGAAUGCAGAAUGCAAUUAAUUAUUCUUAAUAAAUACAGAGUGAAUAGCUGCUCUUUGAAGGAUCCAAACACAAGAUUGGAAAUAUGUUGCAUAAAUCUUCACAUUUGUGUUACAUACCUGAUGCCUCCAAAACAGCCAAGGCCCCAGGCUAGUUACAGGGACUUUCAAGUAAUUUAGCUCAAAGUUAUGCAUCCCUUUGAUAGGGCAGAAUAUACUAUGCCUUCCCACCAGAGAUCUCAAGGUGCUUUACAAACACUAAAUAAUGAAUCUCCACAACACUCCAAAAUGUGGCAUCUUAAAUACUAGGUGGGUAACUGAGGCAGAGUUAUGGGGGUUGGGGGGGAAGCAAAGGGUCUCAGAUCGUAGAGGUCAUUUUCACACAUGGGAGCACUUACCCUCAGGAAGAAUCCCUUUAGCCUGAGUAAGUACACAUUAACAUAAGGAUUAACCUGCAUUAAGUGACCCAGGUCACACAGCAGAGUUGGGCACAAGUCCUGUUCCCAUUCCCUAACCCCAAGAUGACAAUACUCCCACCCAUCUAACAUCCUUUGAUGAUUCACUAUCAGGUUUAUAUAUAUAUAAAACUGCAUUGUUUAUCCAGGAGAAAGUACAAGCAGCAUGCAGACUAAGGAAGAAAAGGGCAUUUGAAAGUGAAUAAGACUAGUGUCAAUACUUUAAGAUUAAGUAAGUAGUAGGGACUUAAGAAAGCUGCAUGCAAUUACAUAUAAGAAUAGGAGGAAAGGUUGAAAAGCAGUUGUAUAGUUGAUUAAUAAUUAGCCUCUAAGACUGAACUUUGUAUUAACAGAAAAUUGCAAGAACACAUAUUGUGGAGUAGUUUAAUCAUUCAACCUCAAGGGUUUUGUAACUAAAACUAAUGCACAGUGCCCACCAACAGCCUCAGCGUUUAAGAUUUAAGUCACGUGCAGAAGUAAAUUUUAAACCUUUAAAAUAAAACCAGACUUUUUGCUUGACAGAAAUCAACAUUUAAAGAUGCAAAUGCUUCUCACCACAAAUACAGGCAGAGCAGUAUUAGGAAAAGAGACAAAUACCUAUGAUGUCUAAGGUACCACAGCUGGUGACCGCCAUCUCUCUCAAACAAAAUGUAAAUGGGAGAUGGAUGAAAAAAAAUCUUUUUUUUUUUUAAUGCACUGGGUGUAACAUCAUAGAACAGACCUUUAGGCAGCUUCUAAGAUGUCUUAAACAUAGAAUAAUUUAUUAACAGAAUUAAAAACAGUUUCCCCAGCAUUUGGACAGAGGCUCAAUGAAAACAAGAUCAUCUGGAUGGUUUUAUGCUGCUGCAUGAGGAAUGCAACAUAGGAUCCAAAAUAUCUUAUCUUUCCCAAUUUUCUGUCAGAUGCAAACAGGUUAGAAACGGACUUUUGUGAAGCAAGGCUGAAAUUCUUCCAGCCACAUCAGUGUUUUUAAGCAUAACGCCUGCUUCUGUCACAGUCAAUUGCAAUGAACAACAAAUAGCCAAGUUAAAUUCUUGAGUUGAUUUCUGGCAAGAAUUUGUUCUAAUCUGGGUAUACUUUGCUAGAUGGCCAAAACAGAUUCUGUAUGGCAAUCAGAAUUCCACAAAUUCUGCACGGCAAUUUUGAGUCACAAAUUGUAUUGACAGGACCCAGAAUACCUAGCAAGGAUAACAGUAGUCAAGUAGUUUUGCCCAAAUUCACAAAUAAUUUUAUUAGCAAUUAGAGCUUCCUCUGCUGUUCUUAUGUUUUAAGAUGUUUGGAUGGCAAGAAGAUAGGGAAAAGCAGCUUUCAAUUUUGUUGUUUGAUUUUUCUGGCUAAAGUUGUACAUUAAACCAUCGCCCUGAACACAGCCUCUGGGAUAAAACAGUUAAUGCUUUUUUUUGGUUAUGGGGGAAAGAAGCCUUUUUUUUUGUUUGUUUAUUAGCAUUAAAAAGUACCAUUUUUCUUCUAAAACAUGGUAGCUUGUCUUGCUUUUCAACAAGCCGCACCAUUCAGUGCAAUUUAAAGACCAUGCUAGUGUAUAAAUAGCAAGAGUCCCACUCAGUCUCACAACUGGAAGACAGAUUGAUAAGAAGCACCACAAGUGGGAUUUAUGUUGCCACACAGGGCUGUGCUCUUGCACCAUUCCUCUGUCCAGAGCUUAGUUUCCUUGGAGCAGUGCCUGACACCCUACUGCAAUAUUAGCCAAGACAUAUUUUUUGACUGUUCCUAAAAGCCUGGGACAAAUUCUUUGUCAUGUGUAAUGAGAAGGCAUUUCCUAGAAAGGGGAAGAGUAGUGAACACUGAUGAUUCUAAACCAGCCCAGCUCUAGCUUAUUUCAGGGGCCAAAGCAAUCCAAUAUUAUGUUCUGGAGUAUGAUUCUGCAGCUCAGAAUAAUUAGAGCACUGUGUUGAAGCCAAGCUCCUUGCUAACAUGGAGACACUUCUAUGCUUAAGACUGCACCAGAGAAUAGUGUAAGACUAAAUGUCUUGGUUUUAUGUUGCUCCCAUGUUAAUGGUUUUUCUUUAUGGAUCAUUGUGCUCUAAGUUACGGGGAUAUAGGGAGACCAGAAUCAAGCUCAGUCUCAAAUCUCCCCAGAUAAGAAUCUUUGCAAGAAAAUACCUUGCUCAGACUUUCUCCCAGAGGGUGGAAUACAAAUUAACUUUUUUGCUCCUAAUGGAUGUUUUGCUUGUUAAUAAGAAGAUUCCCAUAAGUAAAAACAUGUCAAAGGAUUAAAUGUACAGAAACAAGAAGGGUGGUUUUACCAUAAAAGGGAUAUUUUUAAUUAUUCAGAAUUAUGAUUCUAAUUAAAAAGGGACCAAAGCAGAUGGCUUUGCUCCAAAAUUUAA